UGAAGAUAUAAGGUAUUCCCCGAAGGGUCGGAGUGAUCCAGAAGUUGGAAAUCACUUGUAAGAUAACGACGAUGAGGCGCCUCAUAUUUUUUCUGUUAAUCGCCGUGGCUCUUGCCGAGGAAAGGCCAAUGUACACCACGAAAUACGAUAAAUUGGACAUUGACUCGAUUAUCACGAAUGAUAGACUACUGAAGAAUUAUAUCCAUUGCUUGAUGGAUGAAAAACCAUGCACACCCGACGGAAGUGAAUUCAAAAGGAAUUUACCAGAUGCAUUGGAGACAGGCUGUGCUAGUUGCAGCGAGGCCCAGAAGACAAUGGCAGAAAAAUUUUAUCAUCACCUGAUUGACAACAGAAUUGACGACUGGAUGAAACUGGAAAAAAAAUACGAUCCUCACGGUAACUACCGGAGAAACUACCUUGGAGUCGACAUUGAAACAUCUACAGUGGCUGUUUGAAAUAAUCAAUCUACGACGUGCGCAAAAUGACCCCUACCUCACAAAUCAAAUCCUAUUCUCUAUCUUCUUUAAAUUUUUCCACUCGUAUUUUUUUCUCUUCAAGCAUGAUUCACUGACGUAUGUUGAUGCAAUAUCACAAAUCAUAUACAAUUGUUAUUCAAACAGCAGCCUCUCCUCCCCUUAGUUGCAUCCAUUCCUAUUAUUUCAUUAUCGAACAUAUAAAACAGCUUUAUCUCCAGUAGUGUGUAAUUUUUUCCUCUUCAACUCUAACUCUUAUACGUUUUUUUCGCAAUCAAUUAAUUCUCUCUCUUUAUAGAUAAAUCAUUGAUUCUAAACUAGACGCAUUGCGUAUUAGAUUAUAAAUAAUGAAUGAAGCAAAUAAUAUUGUUUCUCUUUAUCCAGUUCCUUCUCCGUCAUUCAUGAUUCACAUAUUUUGCUGUAAUAAUGAUCAUUUAAAUGUGUCUCUAUCGAAUUAUAACUAGUCCGCGGUGUACCCGCGGGUAAUCAAAUAAAUUAAGUAAAAUUUAAGAAGUUAAGAAAGGAAGACACUGUCAAAUAAGAGAAAAUAUAAUUGUAAUAGGGAAUUUGUAUGACUUGAAAAUAGUAUAUUUCGUAACAAGUGCUGAGAAGUGAUUUUUAACGCGUGGGAGUUUUAUAAGAUGAGCCGAAGGCGAAUGGUAUAAUCCUAAAUGCUAAAAACAACUCUCUGCACUAGUUAUGAACGAUAUAUCUCGUCGCGAUGUGCGGGAAAGUCACAUUGACAGUUACUUUUCAGCGCAUUGUGAUGAAAAAAUUAUUUCCUUAUUCUGACUCUACACCAUCUACCGCUCAAAUGCCCAGGAAGCAAUACUUUUUUGCAGUUUAAUGAACUGAUAAUUAUUUUUCUGAAAAAAAAAAA